GAUCAGUUCAUCCGAUUCGCAGCUGGGUUCUCUGGCGAUCGCGAUUCGGCUCCAUGAGUAGCGUGUCUCCGGCUAGUGAGGCCCCUUCUUCUUGCCUGUUUCUUGGGUGCCCGAUUACUGUUCAUGCCUAUUGUUGGUCUGAGAUAUUGUCAAUGUUCAUUUGGAGAUAGCAUGUCUGGACAGCAGGACCGCGCUAGUAAAAGCUCUAGCUCAAGCAUCAGCAGCAGUACUCAAGAGAGCGAGGAGGAAGCGCCUGUCCGAAGCGUCACCAUUGGUAGCCUUCUUGCCCAAGCAAAUAGCAGCAGUGGACAUAGUCUUGGGAAGCGCCUGUCCCAUUUGGGGUCAAUCCCGUGCACUCUUCUCUGGCAGUAUACUCCCCGAGUUAAUGGAAAAAUACCCAAUGUUGAUAAUGCAACACUGGACCACGAGCGAUUGCUGGAAAGGUUGGGCACUUACGGUUUGGCUGAAUUUCAUAUAGAGGGGGAUGGGAAUUGUCAGUUCCGAGCUUUGGCUGACCAAAUAUUUCGCAAUCCUGAUUAUCAUAAGCAUGUGAGAAAAGCUGUCAUGAAACAGCUGAAGGAAUUCAGAAAACAAUAUGAGAGUUACGUACCAAUGGAAUAUAAGGUGUACUUGAAGAAAAUGAAAAGAUCUGGGGAAUGGGGAGAUCAUCUGACCUUACAAGCGGCUGCAGAUCGGUUUGGUGCCAAAAUUUGUUUGCUGACAUCAUUUAAAGACACCUGCUUAAUUGAGAUAGUCCCUAGGGAUCUAACUCCCACAAAAGAGCUUUGGUUAAGCUUCUGGUGUGAAGUACACUACAAUUCCUUGUAUGGAAUCGACGAUCUCCUGACCCGCAAAGCGAAGAAGAAGCACUGGCUGUUCUAGGAGGGUUCUGAAGCAUCCUUAAUUCUUUCUGUAGCUCCUGCUCUUUCCAGCCAGUGCAGUCCCUGUCUUAGUACUUACUAGUUGGCCAACACUGUAGCAUAUCAUAAGUUGAGUCCAUGUAGGCUUUACGCUCUCGACCUAAAAUCUUGUAAAAUUUACUAAGGAAAUAGCCUGGAACUGCACAACUUUCAGAUCCAUGACUCUCAUGUUCCUUUUGCACGGCGGUUAGUUUUUGCCUUUGCAAUGUAGUAUUUUGGUGAUCUCCAGGGGAAUGAUUAACUAGCACUCUGAUAGUGCUUGUAUGUGCAUUGUAAAACAUACUGCCACUCUGCCAGGGCAUUUUGACGUGGACGUUUGGAAACUAUU